GACCCGUUUCUUGAUUCCCGGGUGGCUUGGGGCCUGGGAGGAGGUUGGGGCAGAGGGCGAGGGGAGUGGCAGCGGCCUCCCCUCGCCCCCUGGGUCUCGGCCUAGCCCGGGGAAGUCAGAGCGGCGGCGGGCGAGAGGGGGACCCUUGAACGACCCUCGCCCGUCCCCGGCCCUCGCCACCGUGGGGUGGGAGCCAGACUCCCGCUCACUCCUCCCCGCCCCACCCCCACGGCGCCUGCUCCCUUCCCAACCACCCUUCCUCCCCUCCCCCACAUCCGGUGUUCGGGAGCCCGGGAUCCCCGCAACUCACACCCCCGCCGCCACCACCACCGCCGUCACCCCGCAGCCCCAGACAAGAGCGCCCGCUCCCGACCCCGGGACGCGGGAUUGACACUAGAUUGCUUUCUUCUGAGCAGUAGUUUCCGUAGCUCCGCCGACCCUCGCUGCCUGGCGCCAGGAGCCGAGUUUACCUACUCUACUUCCUCUCCAGGGUCUUACCACCUGGGAGAUUUUUUUUUUUAAUCCCCCCCCCCUCUUUCUCAUAUUCCACGUACAAAGGAGCCGCUCACUCACUGUAUUCCUGUACCCUACACCCAUCCCUACCCUAAUUACACUCCCACUCCCAGCCCUCAGCGUCGGAGUCAAGAGCUACAGGGACACUUUGUUCUCCUUGUAGGAUUGGUGAGAGCGUAAUGAAGAGCACCCUAAACUCCCAUAAUCGGUGUGGAUCCUAUGGGAAAGGCUCUUAUUGUUGACAUCUACCAGGCUUGGUUCUGAACCUUGAGGAGGAGGCUGUGGAACUAGGGGUAGUCAUGGUUUCUUUUUUUUUUUUUUUUAGGGUAAAUAUGUAGGUAUUGGGAGAAGGGGAAGGAAUCAAUGGAAACUCAUAUUUCCGUUUUUGCUGUUAAUGUAAUGUCAAGUUGAGUUAUUUACAGGCUGUAAAGCUGCUUCCAUCUAAAAGUACUAACUUUUGAUAGAAACAGUAUGUGAAAAAUACAGCUUUGUUACCUUGUUAAAUUUGUUUUUCAGCUACCUACUUUUUUUUUUUUUUUAAUGUCAGAAUUGAAAGGGCCCAACCAUGACCAGUAUGUGGAGUCUGAUUUAGCUUUCCAGAAUUGACUUUUGGGGUUGUAUUGGCAAAUCACAGUCCUAAACGAUGAAUGUUGAAUGAUGCACUAUGUUUUUGUUUAAAUGAAGUUUCCUGAAAAUAGUUUCAGAUUAAGGGGAAAAAUCACUGUUGCUAUCAUGAGGAAUCUUAAGAACGUAUAUUAAGAACUGAAGGCAUGUCCAGCAGAUGUAGUUCUUGAUACAGCAGAAAGAACAUGAACUUGAGGUUUGGAAGACCUGACUUUUAGCUGCUACUAAUCAAGUCCAUGACUGUGGGAAAGUGGGCCUCAGUCCUUUUUUCUAUAACAUGAAGACACUGGACUAUUUGAAUUUAAAAAAUUAGAAGGGAACUUAAGGCCCUCUGAGAAAGUUUGGGAAUGUUCUCCAUUGCUGUCAUUUUUCCUCCCAAAAUAAUCUGGCUUGGAAGUCAUUGGUUCGGAGGGAAUUUGAUGAUUCCCCAUAGAAACUGGAGAAAAAGUAAUGUAAGGAGACAGGAAGAGCUGUAUUUCUGCUUGAAUAAUAAACGCAUGAGCAGGUUCUGGUACGAGUUUUGGAGACAUAAGGAGAAUGAGUCUAUGUGCUCUGAGUGUUCCAGUUUCUUCACUCUCUCCUGGCAGAAGAUGCAGUGCUUUCAGUGGUGCUGAGGUUCUGGGUUGUGUUUCCAUUAAUUCUAAUACCGAUGAAGAUGUGGUAGAGGGAAAGAUGGUGGCAGAAGGAGUGGAUAGAGAGGCAAAACUGCCCUCCAAAAAGAAAAAAAAGAAGGGUUUGCGAAUUAAGGGGAAAAGGCGCAGAAAAAAACUGGUCCUUGCCAAAAAGUUCAGUAAGGAUUUGGGAUCUGGGAGACCUGUUGCAGAUGCCCCUGCUUUGUUGUCGCCCAGUGCCCCUGAGCAAGAUGACGAAAGUCUGUUUGAGAGCAAUAUUGAAAAACAGAUUUAUCUGCCUAGUACCAGAGCCAAGACGUCUAUUGUGUGGCACUUCUUUCAUGUUGACCCCCAGUAUACCUGGCGGGCUAUUUGUAACCUCUGUGAAAAAAGUGUCAGCAGAGGUAAGCCAGGCAGCCAUCUUGGUACAUCCACUCUUCAAAGGCAUCUGCAGGCAAGACAUUCCCCUCACUGGACCAGGGCCAACAAGUUUGGAGUCACUAGUGUGGAGGAGGACUUUUCCUUAGAUCUAUCUUUAUCUCCUUCUUCUCCUGGAAGCAGUGGAAGCUUCGAGUAUAUUCCUAAUGAUUCACUAGAUGAAAAUAGAAUGGGUAAGAAGCGAGAUAAAUCUGCAUCUGAUGCCCUGAGGGCAGAAAGAGGGAGAUACCUCAUCAAAAGUAACAUUGUCAAGCAUGCCUUAAUUCCUGGAACCAGAGCCAAGACAUCUGCAGUUUGGAAUUUUUUUUAUACUGAUCCUCAGCACAUCUCCAGAGCUGUGUGUAACAUAUGUAAAAGAAGUGUGAGCCGUGGUAGGCCAGGUUCCCACUUAGGAACUUCAACACUUCAACGACACCUGCAGGCCACACAUCCCAUCCAUUGGGCAGUAGCCAACAAAGACAGUGGUUCUAUUGGAAAUGGAUUGGAGGAGACUGAAACUGAGGGCAGUGAUCACUUGAAUGAUACUUUGCGUGGAGAGAAGUCUACAGGCAGCCAAGAUUUAACAGCUGAGGACCUCAGUGACUCUGAUACAGAUGAACCUCCUGUUUUAGAGGUUGAAAAUAGACCUGAGAGUCCUAUUCCUGUUGUAGAGCAAGAUCAACUGGUGCAUGCACAAGAGAGAGAAGCAACACAUUGUGAAAACCCAGCCUCAAGUCAAAUAAGUCAGGCCAUUAUUCAAAUGAUUGUGGAGGAUAUGCAUCCAUACAGUUACUUCUCUACCCCAGCUUUUCAGAAGUUUCUUCAGAUUGUUGCUCCUGACUAUAGGUUGCCAUCAGAGACUUACUUUUUCACUAAAGCUGUACCUCAGUUAUAUGAUUGUGUCAGAGAAAAAAUUUUCUUAACUUUAGAAAAUGUUCAAAGCCAAAAGAUCCACCUGACUGUUGACAUAUGGACACAUGAUCCUUCUACGGACUACUUCAUUGUGACUGUACACUGGGUCUCUCUGAACACUGCAUCUUCUCCCGAUAAUGGUGGGACCGCCAAUUUUAGAAAGUGGGCUGUGCUUUGUGUUACAGGGUUAGCCAAAGACUGUCUGAUAACUAAUAUUUUACAAGAAUUAAAUGACCAGAUUGGUCUGUGGCUUUCUCCUAAUUUCCUCGUCCCUCGUUUCAUUGUUUCUGACAAUUCCUCUAGUGUGGUACAUGCAAUCAAAGGUAGUGGUUUUACUCAUGUGCCAUGCUUUCUGCAUUGUUUAAAUGCAGUGAUUCAGGGCUUCUUCUGUGAGCACAAAAGCAUUGAGAAUAUGUUAGUGGCUGCUAGGAAAACCUGUCAUCAUUUUAGUCAUUCUGUCAAGGCCCGCCAGAUACUGCAAGAGUUCCAAAAUGAUCACCAGCUUCCAUGGAAGAAUUUGAAGCAGGAUGAAACAGGCCAUUGGAUUUCUACUUUUUAUAUGCUAAAAUGGCUUUUGGAGCAUUGCUAUUCAGUUCACCAUAGUCUGGGUAGAGCCAGUGGAGUUGUGCUGACCUCCCUUCAAUGGACUCUAAUGACAUACGUUUGUGAUAUUCUUAAGCCUUUUGAGGAAGCCACCCAGAAAGUGAGUGUAAAGACCACAGGACUGAAUCAGGUGCUGCCGCUAAUCCAUCAUCUCCUCUUUUCCCUGCAGAGACUGAGAGAAGAUUUCCAAGUCAGAGGUAUUACUCAGGCCCUCAGUCUGGUGGACAGUUUAUCUUUGAAACUUGAAACUGAUGCCCUACUAAGUGCCAUGCUCAAAUCCAAGCCUUAUGUCUUGGCUGCUUUGUUAGACCCUUGCUUUAAGAGUAGUUGGGAAGACUUUUUUCCUCAAGGAACUGACUUAGAAACUUACAAACAAAUCCUUGCAGAAGAGGUUUGUGGUUAUAUGGAAUCUUCACAAGGGGCCUGCCGAGUUGCAACCUCAGAAGCAUCUGGUUCUUUAGUUAGUUUAGGCACUGACACAUUUCCCUCUUCUGUGGAAGAAGGCACCUCCAGCUCAGCUUCCAUGGGGAGCUCAGCUGCAGACAGUGUGGCCAUUGGAAGCAAAAGCUUGUUCCCUUCUGCAGUAGCAGUAGUGGAUGAGUACUUCAAAGAGAAGUGUUCAGAGUUCUCAGGUGAUGACCCUUUGAUUUACUGGCAGAAGAAGGUGAGCAUAUGGCCAGCUUUGACCCAAGUUGCCAUUCAGUAUUUAAGUUGCCCCAUGUGUAGUUGGCAGUCUGAAUGUAUAUUUACUGCAAACAGUCACUUUCAUCCAAAGCAGAUCAUGAGCAUGGACUUCGAUAAUAUAGAACAGCUGAUAUUUCUGAAAAUGAACUUGAAAAAUGUUAACUAUGAUUAUUCUACUUUGGUUCUGAACUGGGAUUCUGAAAAUAAGGCUGUUCAAAACCAUGAAAAAGAAAUAUUACCUUAAUUUCUUUUUCUUUUUUCUACUUAAAAUAGGCAACUUUUGCUAUGUCACUGUAUCCUUAUUGCUAUUACUAUAUUAGUCAUACUAAUUAUCCCACACAGCAGGAUGUGGUCACAUGCACCUGCAGUUACAGCUAUUUGGGAGGCCGAGGCUGGAGAAUUACUUGAGCCCAUGAGUUUGAGACCAUCCUGGACAACAUAGCAAGAUCCCAUCUCACCAAAAAAUAAAAAUAAAAAUAAAACAACCUAGGAAACCUAAAAACACAAAAAGCCUGAAAAUUCCUCAGAGGCAGUCUAAUGUUGGUAAGAUGUUAACAAGUUGCAACUCAGUGUAGCUAGGGUAGAAAUUGCUCUACCAAUUGAGAAAGAGAAAACUUUUAAAAAUAUAGUGCAGCAUUGAAAGGCUUUAGUUAUUUCUUGCUUGCAGAUUGAACUAAUUGAUUUGAAGUAAAAACUUUAAAACAUGGGAUGUUGGUUACUUGGAAAUCAGUGAUUUGAGGGGAAAAAAUUAAAUGUUAGUCUUUUCCCCUCCUAUUUUUUAAUUUCAUUAAAAACCUUGAUGCUUAUGUAAUGAUUUUUUUUAAAAAAUCACAAAAUUGUCUUUUAUUUGGAAAUUCCUAAUUGCCUCCUCAUACUGGUCAGUUUAUAAUGUCAAAUUACUACUUAUAGUAGAAUUACCCUUCAUAUUUAAGAUUAGGUCUAUAUAAAGGGGGAAACAUUAGAAAACAAUUGGGAAAAAUUACUGUUAGUCUUUGAAUUGCCUUUUAAAAUCUUUAAUACAGUAUAAAAACAAUAAAGAUUGUCUAGGUUAACUAAAGAUAAGUAGUCAGUAUUUCAGCUUGUUAGGAACCAUGGGUGAAAUAAGUGAACACUCUUAGUGAAUCUUAAGGUUCCUUUCCACUCUGAUUGUACAUUUCUAUGAUUGAGUGGAAUGCCAGAAAAUGAUGACUUAGUGAAAGUCUAUUAAAAGUUUCAGACUGAAUAACUAAUGAAAGAUCCCAAUUUUUCCUUUUUUUCAUUUUAGAUUUGGGGAUAUUCCCUGCCCAAAAAAAUCCUGGAAAAUUGACUAGUAUUAAGUGUGAGUAAAAGGCGUAAUAGAUUGGAACUCAAUGAAGACACAGAUGUUCCUAUUGAGAGUAACCAGCUAAUGAUUACGGUUUAAAGACUGUUUCUGUGGUUGAGUUGAUAUUUAGAAGAUUAAACCUGUUUCCAGAGCCCUUGGAGCUGUCCUCACGUUGAAGAACCAGUGACUUUAUUUUAGGAAGCUACUUCUGGUUUGACAAUUUACCCACCAUGCCUAACCAAGGAGAAGACUGCUAUUUUUUUUUCUAUUCUACAUGUACCAAAGAAAUUCUUGUGAUGGACAUGUUGCCUGGGAUAUAUUUCAGUGCCACAAUUGUUUCCUCUGUCCUUUUUGGUUAACAGGGUGACAGCUGCCCAUUUCGUCACUGUGAAGCUGCACUAGGAAAUGAAACAGUUUGCACAUUAUGGCAAGAAGGACGUUGUUUUCGACAGGUGUGCAGGUUUCGCCACAUGGAGAUUGAU